UGUGGCAGUUCCUUUACAUUUGCAAGUAACAAUUUUAUUUACUCAUCAAAGCCACUUGGUGAGUGCUUUUUUACAGACGUUCUGCUCAUAUUCAGUGUGCAUGAAACGUUGGGUUACACUGGUGUUUACCAGCCAUCUCAGACAACAUUAACCAUCAAAAGGAAUGCAUAUAUGUUUGUUUCAUAGUGCAUGUGUGUUCACAAUGUGUCCGUGCCAGGUUGGGAGGAGGGGCACAUUGAGGGCAGCCACACCCCAGCUUAUGGGGGGCCACACCUCUUUGUGGAAUCUACUGCAGCUGGGUCACAUGACCCCCACUUCCACCCCCAUGCCUAAGCAUUAUCACAUUUCUCCCUCUCUCUCUCUCUCUCCAUUAAUACUGCUGUUCUACUCUAUGAGACUGGCCUCUCUACUGCUAUUCGGUCUACUGCUAUUGGGUGUGACUCGGCUCGGCUCGGCUCGAAGAGGGAGGCGACGCAGGAUUGCUGACUACUCCUCCCUACUGGUUCAAUCUUUCUCUCCUCUUGUCUUUCUCCAGCUGUGUCAGACGAGUCCGAAGAAAUCCACCGCAGCCACCUCUGAGCCUGUUGAGGAGAUGCCAUCCAUACAAAUCAAGCCGGAGCCAGAGGAGGUGGAGUGUAUGGUGAAACAAGAGCCAUUAGACGAUUGUCCCGAGCCUACAGACCUCAAAAUCAAAUCCUCGCCCCCUCCGCUCUGUGACAUCAGCACCCAACACAACGAUGACGACCAGACGGAACCUGUGGACCUGUCCCUCAACAAGCCCCGCCCCUCUCUUCCGGUAGCCACGGCCACCUCCACCCCUGUGAACAUCACGGCGAGCGCCACCAUCCCGGCGGUGUUGUCGCCGGGCUCCAUCCUGGCGUCCACGCAAGGGGUCGGAGGUCAGCAGAUCCUGCACUUCAUCCACACCAUACCCUCCGUGAGCAUGCCCAGUAAAAUGGGGCAGCUGCAGACCAUCCCUGUUGUGGUGCAGUCCUUACCGGUGGUCUACACAACCGUACCCACAGACGGAGUGGCUACCGCCGCCAUCACGGUGCCUCUCAUCGGAAGCGACGGCCGGUCGGAGGGGUCAGUGCGUAUAAAGCCAGGCUCAACCUCUCCAGUUGAGUACCAGUCUGAAAGUGAUGCUGAGAGCGGCACAGAGUCUGGAUCGGCCUCUUUCAGCACACAAGGGAUGGAACCCAGUAUGAAUACAGAUGUGGACAUCCAAGUUGACCCUGAUUCACCAGACAUGAAGAGAAGACGCGUACACAUGUGCGAUUAUGACGGCUGCAACAAAGUCUACACCAAGAGUUCGCAUCUAAAAGCCCAUCGCAGAAUACACACAGGUGAAAAGCCAUACCAGUGCACAUGGGAGGGCUGUACCUGGCGCUUUGCCCGCUCGGACGAGCUGACGCGGCACUUUCGCAAGCACACCGGCAUCAAACCCUUUCGCUGCACCGACUGCGACCGCAGCUUCUCACGCUCUGACCACCUGGCACUACACCGAAGGCGCCACGUCAUGAUGUGAAACUCUUUGUGCCCAUCCCUCCCCAGCCCACACCUCCCUGCCUGCUCCCCAGGAGACAUGCACGCCCAUCUGGGGGUUCCAAAAUGCUGUUGACGUCACCUCCCCAGUCUCCAGAUGUGAACAUAUGUGUUAAAUAUGGAGAUAUAAGGGGUGGCACGACCAUAUUGGGGACCCCUCCUGGUCAGAACAUGGAUGCAGUUUUCUGCCAUGCUUCCAGAAGCCACAAACCACCCGUCCACUGGUGACCUCCACCGCCAUCUCAAUGCCUGAUCAUUAGCCGUUACUUGAAGUGACUACAAGAAAGGCAAACUGCAUGCAGCACUGCUAGAACUAUAACCGUGAAUGAUGACUGGGGAAGGUACUCCUUAUUGUGAUGAUUCUUUUAAGACAAGUACAGAAAAAUAUGAGAAAGUAAAGGAUUUUAUGCAAGAUGAAUGCAAGAUGGUGAAGAGAAGGUAGAAUAAUGUGAUAAAUUUGAUCAUUUUAAUGAGAUGGGUGGGUUGGAGAUGUAUCUACAACUGCCUUGUUAAAUUCUUACAUUUUAUUCAAACUUUUUGUUGUGCUACAUUUGUAUACACACGCUCUACAUGCAUUUUAGAGUCUGUAAGUUCUUUUGUGGAUGAAAACUGUUGUAGAGUACAUUGCAAAGACAGCUGGAGAUGUACAAUGCCCUCUUUUAGUGUUUGCUUGUUUUUUCUUUAAACAAAUCAGUUGGGUUCCUUCUCUGAUAUCUACCCUAAACCAAAUGAGAAGUAGAGGCAGGGGGCUGACAAGACUGUGAAUUUUUGUACUUAUUUUUUCUUUAUUAGUAUGCGUUGUCUAAGCAUCUUCCCAAAAAUAGUUUGGCACAAAAAACAGUAUUUUCUUCUUUUUAUUUUAUUGUCGUUAAUGGCGUCUAACAGAAUUAACACCCAUCAGAAGGUGUUCUUUAUCUUAAUCUAACCUUCAGAUAUUAUUAAGGCUGUGAAAAAGUUAUAAAAAAAAGCAUAACUCGCAGGGAAAGGGGAAGCUUACUGAAUUGGGGGUAAGUGUGUGUGUGUGUGUUUGUGUGCGUGUGUGUCCGUGUAUAAGCACACUUGUUUGCAUAUUUAUAAAGAAGACAUAAUCAGAGAUAUAAUAGUAGAGAUGUCUAGAUGCAUUCUUUCUUCUAGCCCAUCAGAGCCUUAAUUGAAGUAAACUGGUUUUCGGAGUUCCUCAGGGUUCGAUACUAGGACCCCUAUUUUUUUAGGCACUCUGAAAAUCCAUAUUUGCACCUAGUUCACAGUGACAAAACAUGUCUUAACAGCUCCUGGCCUGAUAUGCAUAAUAUGCAAAACUACCCCUUAACACCCCCCCCCCCCCCCCAAAAAAAAAAAAUUCUGUUGAUGUUAUUUGACAUUAGUGUCAAGAAAAUGUUGGGCACAGUCAACAUAAGUCUGAGGAGAUGGUUUCUUUGACAAAUUUCUUCCCUCUAGCUAACACUCAUAGACAUGGUCAUAAUUUCAGUCGCUAGCAGCUAAUUAAGUGCGCGUCAAGCCUUUUUUCAGCAGCAACGCUUGUUCAAUUCCAGCCUAUGAGAGUUAAGUGCAUGUCUGCAGCAGCUGCAUGACUUUCACAGAGCAAUUUUUUGUAAGAUCUUGUAUCGUUCUCUCGCUUCAACUCAAAAAACGUUACUAAGCACAUCUUUCUAGAAGAGUAUAUGCAUUUGAUUGCGAUCCUUUUUUUUUUUUUUACUGAUCAUAGACAUACAGACAAUGAAUAAUUAAAGAUUUAAUGUACAUACUGUAUAUAAUCUUCAAAGUUCUUGAAUAAAUGUAACGGGUGGAUUUCUAUUUUUAACACUGACUAGAUAAUGUGAAAUACUCGUUUUCGUUUCAUAUUUGUUGUUUCUUUGAAAAGUAAUUGUUCUUUUUUUUAUAUAUAUAUAUAUAUAUAUAUAUCCCUUGAACUGAUUCCCCUAUGUGUUGUACACCCCAAAAGUGUUGCAUGGAGAGUAGUUUUUCCCCGCACCUUUAUUUUAAAUUUUUUUUGGUGAAGUCUGUGAGCAUGUCGUUGAUGCCCUGACAGAAUGUGGCCUAUAAGCACUGAUAAUCCACAUGAAAUCCAUGAAACCAUUGCCAUAGCACAUGCAUGGUCUAUUUACAAUUGGUACAAGACAUGGUAAAAAACAUAUCUUCAUAUCAUCCUAAAUUAACAUUAUUCUAUUCCAAGUUGGCGUAACAUUAGAAGUCGGCCCCUUAUCAAUGUUUAAGUGCCCACGACUGAAAUUUGUGACAUCCUUGUCUAUCUGAGCACGUUUGCAUUCAUCACUUGUAUUUGAUUUGUUUAAAAUAGUGUGCGACCUCGUGCUCCAAUCAUGAAAGAGUUUGGGUUUUGUGUGAGUGUUUGUGUGCAAGUGUGAUUAUCAUUAAAUUCUCUUUUAAACUUUCAGAAUCAUAGGUAUUUUAUAUUGAAUGCAGUAACUUAUGGGCCAGUACUAUAUUACUCAGUGCAAUGCAGUUAUCAUUAUAAUAAAACAAGUAAUUAAUGUUAUUUCUUUUGUAUUUGUACAGAACAAGUGUGUAAGGAUCAGCAAGGAAAACGCGAGCUUUUUGAUACUGUGAGAAAUGGUGUUAAAAGUCAGUUUCCCCUGUACAGUUGUGAUUACCCACUCCUUUUAUAGAAUAAAAUGUUUUUUGGUGCAACAA